GAUUUAAUGCCACAUGAUGCAGUCAUACUCAGCUAUUGUGGACAUGUCGUUUGCAAACACUGCUUGGAGAAUCAUGUGAAGUUGUACGACUCGGAAGAAUUACAAUGUCCGUGCGUCGAUGGUGUCAUCAAGUGUCCUGGCCUCAUUUACGACAGGGAACUAAGAGUUUCGGUCAGCGAAGAAACCUACAACAUUCACUUGAAACGAGUCAUCAAACUGAUCGAGGCCCAAUCGGACAACAGUUUUCAUUGCCAGACACCUGAAUGUGACUAUUGGGUGAUUAUAGAAGAUACCAUCAUCGACUCCAUGCUGUGUCCAUCUUGUAAAGUCAUCAACUGUCUGCGUUGUCGGGCCAUCCAUAAAAAUAUGUCCUGCCUGGAAUAUACAGCCUUACAGUCGCAGGAUGAAAACCUAAAGAUGACUGAACUUGAAAUUGAGAAUAAAAUUAGAGAAGGAAUCAUAAUGAGAUGUCCAAACUGUAGUGUGGUCAUUGAAAAAAUGGACGGAUGUGACGGUCUCUACUGUCCGAAGUGCAACCUACAACUAUGCUGGGCGACCAAAGGGCCAAGAUGGGGAAAGAAGGGAAGAGGCGACACAUCCGGAGGCUGCAGGUGUGGAGUUGGUGGACAGCUCUGUCACCCGGAAUGUAACUUCUGCCACUGACUUCAACAACGUAACGUAACGAUAUUUUGCCUUCUUAGUUUUGAUUUUAUGGAAAAAAUUCAGUAAAAUUCUUUUAAAUAAAAAUAACUUGAAACGAGGG